AUGACCCGGCGCCAUGUCGUCGCGUUGCUAUUGAGCCUCACAGCGCCACAGGCGCUGGCCGCCUGCCUCGGAGCCUACAAUGUGGACCCUUCGUCCGUGUCCGUGUCCGGGCUCUCGUCGGGCGGGUUCAUGGCGGCGCAGCUUGGCGUCGCGUACUCGGACGUGUUCAAGACGGGCUUCGGGGUCUUUGCUGGCGGGCCCUACGAUUGUGCUCGAAACCAGCCGUUCACGAUGUGUCUGAGCAACCAAACGUCCGCCAUUGACUCCCCGACCGCCAAUAUGAAGGUCUGGUCUGGCAAGGAAAUUGCGCCAGUAAAGAACUUGAAGUCUCGGCGCAUAUUCAUGCAAGUCGGAACAGCCGAUUUGACCGUCGGCGUCAACCCAAUGCAGCAGCUCAGGGCCCAGCUGUCUGCGUUCGACGAUCCAGCGAAAGUGUCAUUCGUCGUUAGCGAUGGCGCCGCCCACGUGUUUCCGACAGAUUUUGACGGUGCAGGUGACAACCCAUGCGGCGAGAGUUCUUCGCCGUGGAUCAGCAACUGUCACUACGACGGCGCUGGCGCCGUGCUCGGCUGGAUGUAUGGCAAGCUCAAGGCUCGUAAUGAAAGGAGUCUUACGGGCACCACGGUACCAUUCGAUCAGACGGGCAAAUAUGGGACCCUGGGUAUGGACAGCACAGGCUACCUGUACGUUCCCGCGGCGUGCAGGCACGGAUCCGAGGUGUGCAAGCUACACGUCGCACUGCACGGCUGCCAGCAAAGCCACAGCCAGAUUGGCUCCAAGUUUAUGGACAACACUGGAUACAAGAAAUGGGCCGAUACAAACAACAUCAUCGUCCUGUUCCCACAGACAAAGAUCGACAACUCGCUCCACGUCAUAUGGAACGGCUUGUCGCUCCCCAACCAAAAUGCGUGCUGGGACUGGGUCGGAUGGUAUGGCGCAAACACAGACCAGAGAGGCGGGACAGAGAUGACUGCAAUCGUCAACCAGGUUCGGACAAUCGUCCGAGGGUUCAAGGGCUGA